AUGUCAAAUUAAUAGAAUGAUCAAGCUGUGACUUCAGACUCAGAUCAAGAUAACAACGGAGGUGGCUUUGAUUUGCUUGCUAUGAUAAACAAGAAAGUAGUGAACCAAUAAUCUCUUUAAGAGUAAAAAAACCAACAAUAAAACCAAGAAUUAUAGGAGUAUUACUAGGCAAAGCGUUAGCAAGCAGAGGAAAGAUUAAAUGAGAGAAUUCAAGUGCUGAGACUAUUCAAGGGCAAUGGAGAAAAUAUCUAGCAAAAGAUGAAGUUGCUUGAAAAAAUACCGCAAUAGACUAGUGAGUGUCUCGAUGCUGAACUUGAGAGAAAUCUUAAAAGAUUAAUUAAGGAGGCUGAGGACUUCGAAUAAGACUAAUUGCAUUAAGGAAUAUCGCAAGAUUACUUGAUUUCCCCAUCGUUUGUGCUGACUCCAUUUACUCAGAGGCUAAUCAACGAAACUAGAGAGUAUGCAAAUCCACUAAUUUUGGAAAAGGUCGUAUCAUAUUAUGAUUUGGAUGAGAUCGGCUCGAACUAUUCCAAGGAUGUCUACAAUCCACACAACAAGGAACCAGAUGACUUUUACGAAGAGAUUGCAAGAAGACAAAAUGAAAUGAUGCUUCAGCAGCAGGAAGAAAUGAUAAGAAAGCGUCGAAUGCUUGAAUAGCAAAGAGAGAAGUUAGUUGAGAGCAGAGCUCAAAGAAUAGCUGAGAUGACUAAUACUGAUGUCAAAAUGGUUGAGGAAACAUUAUUAAUGGCUAAUUAGAAGAAAAAUCAACUGGGGUCUAGAUUCGAUAAUGUCAAUGCUAAUCCUAUCAUGCCUCUAAUGCCUAGAAGAAUGUGA